GUGCCGCUAGCUGUUGUAGCUCUGUGUGAAGGAGGGAUUUCGGAUAACACACGACAAAGGCGGAGGGGCGAAGUUCAUAGCCGCAAACAUGGCGCCUUCUGUUGACAGGAUGGUGCCAUUGCUGGUUGCACUGCUUUUUCUUUGUCUCGGUGCAGAAGCUGUGGAUCGCAGCAACUUCAAAACAUGCGAGCAGAGCUCCUUCUGCAAGCGUCAAAGGGAACUGAAGCCGGGUCAGUCUCCAUACAGAGCUCUGCUGGAUACUCUGGAGCUCAGUGACUCCAGGAUCACCCUGCAGCUCAUCAAUGACAAUAACAAGGUGCGUCUGCUGCUGGAGCUCUACAGACUCCACGGCAAUAUGACGCGUGUUAAAAUAAAUGAGCUGAAGCCUCUCAAACCUCGAUACGAGGUCCCUGACGUCCUCAUCACUGACCCACCCACUGAACCAAUGACAUUGGUGGCUCAGGAUGAGAACGGUCUGGUGCUCUCUCUGGGGGUUGAUGAACAGAGGGUGAUCGUCAGUGCGCGGCCUUUUCGCCUAGACAUUGUGGAGGGCCCCACAGUGCUGCUGUCCCUCAACUCGCGUGGCCUGCUGACCUUCGAGCACCUGCGUCUGCGCAAGGACACUAUCUCUCAUAAAAUUACUAGCACAGUCGGUAGCAUGUGGGACUCGAUCAAGAGCGUUUUCUCUAGCAAACAUGACGCUGAUGCAGAAGAUGGCGGAGGAUCAGAGAAUGCAGAGCAGGCAGAGGAUGAGGAUGAACAGGCAGUGAAAGAGGAAGAAGAUAAGCCUGGCAUGUGGGAAGAGACAUUUAAAACCCACAGUGACUCAAAACCCAAUGGACCAUCAUCCAUUAGUUUAGACUUCUCUUUUCCUGGUGUGGACCAUGUAUAUGGCAUUCCAGAACAUGCAGACACGCUUAAACUCAGAAACACAGACGGUGGCGACCCGUAUCGUCUAUAUAAUUUGGACGUAUUCCAGUAUGAGCUGCAUAACCUUAUGGCACUGUAUGGUGCAGUCCCAGUCAUCAUAUCCCAUAAUACUGAGCGGACUAUGGGCAUCUUCUGGCUCAACGCAGCCGAAACCUGGGUGGACAUAAGCUCCAGCACAGCAGGAAAGACGGUGUUUGGGAAGAUGAUGGACUUUGUUCAGGGCUCAAGUGAAGUACCACAGACAGAUGUGCGCUGGAUCUCUGAGAGCGGCAUCAUUGAUGUUUUCGUCCUGCUCGGACCCACACCCAACGAUGUCUUCGCACAGUAUGCCUCACUGACAGGAACUCAGGCCUUUCCUUCUCUGUCCACGCUUGGGUACCACCAGUGCCGCUGGAACUACAAUGACAAAGAGGACGUGAAGACUGUAGAUGAGGGUUUUGACAAGCAUGACAUCCCCUGUGACUUCAUCUGGCUGGACAUCGAGCACACUGAUGGCAAACGUUACUUUACCUGGGACCCUCACAAGUUUGCCCAGCCCAAAGAGAUGCUGCAAGGGCUCAUGGAUAAGAAACGCAAGAUGGUUGCCAUUGUAGAUCCUCACAUCAAGGUGGACAGUGGGUACAAUAUUAACAAUGAGAUUCGCUCCAAAAGCUUUUACGUCAAGACCAAAGAUGGAGCAGACUAUGAGGGCUGGUGCUGGCCAGGAAACUCUGGCUAUCCUGACUUCACCAACCCUGAGAUGAGGGCCUGGUGGGCCAGCAAAUUUGCGUAUGACCAGUAUGAGGGCUCCAUGGAAAACCUGUUUAUAUGGAACGAUAUGAAUGAGCCUUCUGUGUUCAAUGGGCCUGAGGUGACCAUGCAUAAGGAUGCACUGCAUGGCAGCUGGGAGCACAGAGAUGUGCACAAUAUCUAUGGCCUCUAUGUGCAAAAGGCGACCUCUGAAGGCCUGAUCCAACGUUCGGGUGGUGUAGAAAGACCAUUUGUACUCACCAGAGCCUUUUUCGCAGGAUCUCAGCGCUACGGAGCAGUAUGGACAGGAGAUAAUGCAGCAGAAUGGGGUCAUCUAAAGAUAUCCAUCCCCAUGUGUUUGAGCCUAGGACUAGUGGGCAUCUCCUUCUGUGGGGCUGAUGUUGGAGGUUUCUUUAAACAUCCUAGCACCGAGUUGCUGGUGCGUUGGUACCAGGCAGGUGCAUACCAACCAUUCUUCCGAGCCCAUGCCCACUUGGACACUCCAAGGCGUGAGCCCUGGCUCUUUGGCCCAGAUAACACUGCUCUUAUCCGAGAGGCAGUACGCCAGAGAUAUGCCCUCCUACCCUUCUGGUACCAGCUCUUCUACAACGCAUACCGCACCGGCCAGCCAGUCAUGAGGGCUCUGUGGGUGGAGUAUCCUAAAGAACCAGCCACUUUUGUCAUUGAGGAUGAGUACUUACUUGGGAAAGAUCUUCUGGUCCACCCUGUUACUGAUGAAGGUGCAAAGGGGGUCACAGCCUACUUACCUGGGAAAGGAGAGAUUUGGUACGAUGUUCAUACAUUCCAGAAACACAAGGGGGCUCAGAAUCUCUACAUUCCAGUCACCAUGAGCUCAAUCCCAGUGUUCCAACGAGGCGGCUCCAUUAUUAGCAGGAAGAACCGUGUUAGGAGAUCUAGUACCUGUAUGGAGAAUGACCCCUACACCCUCUAUGUGGCCCUCAGCCCUCAGGGGACAGCUGAAGGAGAAAUCUACAUUGAUGACUUCCACACCUUCAACUUUGAAAAGGAAAAGCAGUUUAUCCAUAGGCAUCUGCACUUUUCUGAUAAUACCCUUUCUUCCAAUAAUCUGGCUCCAGACUCGAACUUCUCAACAGCAGCAUGGAUUGAGAAGGUGAUCAUAAUGGGAGCUACUCAACCUACCUCCAUCUCUCUAAUUGCUGCAGAUGGCACCAAGUCUGCUGUGGAGUUCGAGUUCGAUUCUGCUGCAUCGGUGUUAACUCUGCGCAAACCUGGGGUCAACGCAGGGGCCGACUGGACUGUGCUCCUGCAGUAACAAUGCAAGCACAGUUUACCAAGACAUACAGCACUUAAACAAGAUUGACAUAUUUACUUACACACACGCACACACGCACACACACACACACACACACACACACACACACACACACACACACACACACACACACACACACACACACACACACACACACACAAAAUCCCGUUAAAGUAUUUUGGAAUUUGAAUAAUUGUAGAACAAUCGAUGAGCUACAGAUUGAGAGAAAUGACAGAAAAAGAGAUUGGGGGGUUAAUCAGGACCAUUAGAGAAACUGUUUUUCAGUUUCAGAGCUCCCACAAUUGAAUUCUAGACCUUAUAUUGUUUUAGCAACAUUUUUUUUCAGGUUUGAAGCAAAGUAGGAGAGAAAUCACUGUAGAUCGUAUUGAUGCUGUAAUAUCAGAUAAAUAAAAAUGACAGAUGUGGAAUAUUUUGCACUGUCCACAUUAAGCAUAAGAGAUGUGUCAUUUCAAAAUGACGCUUGUUAAUUUUGUUGAAGGGAAGACCAAAUUUGUAGAAAUCCAAAUCCAUCCAGUAUUUAAGAUUUACUGUCUGGUUUAUUCCAAAGUUGGAAAACCUAUUCCUUUUUUUCAAAUCCACAAUGACUUGAAUAGAGGCUACUUCUUGUUUACACUGAUCAUUCAAUUUUAAACUGAAUUUACUAGAGAUGUUUUUUUUUUUUGCUUUAUUUGAAUCCUUACCUUCCUUGAACCUCCUGAACAUUUCAUCUGAAAGUUUUCUGUCUACAGAUGAAGAACAGUUGUUCAUAAUGAGCUAAACACCACAUAAACCUUAUGUCCGCAUUAUUGUCUGUGGAUGUUUUAAAUGAAUGAAAUCUGUUUGAACUGGGAGACUAUACAUCUCCCUGAUAGAAGAGUUUGUAGUUCCAGGAUUCAUUCAUUCCAAGGUGUCUCGAUCUCAAUGAAAACCCGACAAACAGAUGUUGGUUUUGUUAAGCUGAACUGCAUUACAAUCACCCAAGCUUUGAAAUCAACUCAAAUUAUUAAAUAAAAAUCCAAGUUUGACAGAUGACAAGAGAAGUUGUCCAAAGCGAGUUCAAGAAAUGAUGGCUCAUUUAAAUAAAAGUGAAAAUUUAUCUGUUUGACGAUACAUGACAAAGUGAGUUAUUAGCAUGUACAGUGUUUUGCUGCAAGACAAGGAACAUGAAUGUCCAACAAUUAUUAAUAAGGUUAAAAAAAGUUUAACGUGCACUACUGGCAGUAGUAAAUCAGGCCACUGUGUCAAUGUCUAAAAAACUGAUGGAUAAAAUAAAGAUGUUAAAUUCCA